AACCGGAAUCAAAAUAAAGCGGAAUCCGGUCCAGCUUGAAGAUGGCAGUCACCGGUGCCGGUUCGCCCAGCCGCCUGGUCCAGUACGUGGUGGUCCGCUCGGAUCUGGUCCACCAGUUAUCGUGGCCGCUGGGGGCGGUGAUCACCCAGGCCUGCCACGCCGCUACCGCCGCGAUCCACCUCCACUACGGCGACCCGGACACCCAGCGGUACCUGGAGGAGCUGGACUCCAUGCACAAAGUGGUUCUGGGGGCUCCGGAUCAGGCCGCUCUGUCCGGACUCUCAGACACUCUGACUCAGGCUGGAGUUUCACACAAACUCUGGAUCGAGCAACCGGAAAACAUCCCCACCUGCCUGGCCCUGAAGCCUUACCCCAAAGAGACAGUGCAACCGCUAAUGAAAAAGUUUAAAUUGUUCAAAUGACUUCGCAGAAAAA